CCCUCCCCCCCAGGCCCCCCGGGCUCCUUUGUCCGCCGCCCGCCGCCCCGACAAGAGAUGCGAGGGCUCGCGCGCCUGUCCUCGGUACGUGAGAAUUCCCGCGGCUAACCGAUUUAGGUGCGCUGCGCCGGCUUAACCGUCCCCUGUUUCGCCUGCCCUUUUCGUCGUUCGUCCGCCCGUGUCGAAAGGCGGGGUCUUUUCGCGUUUCCCGCGGUACCCAGAUUGCUGUUUUGGAUAAAGGUACGGUCUUUCGUAGCACUGGUCUGAUUGGGGAAUCUUUGUUUGGCUCGUUUGUUCGGUAGAAGUGAGCGGAGCGGAACCCGGCGCGGUUGCUUGCGCAUUUCUGGGUGCUCGGGCGCUUUCGGGUGCGGUAGAUUUCACGCUCUGGAGGGGGGGCGGGGGCGAUUUGAGGUUGCGGCAUUGGAAUUUGUUGGGGGGAGGUUUUGAGUUGUUGAUGGGGAUUACCACUGCGGCUGAUAGAAAAGGUAAGGAGUGUCACGAAUUGUCGAGAGACAGUAGCGCGAAGAGGAAUAGCAGAUCGAGAAAGGGCCGUCGACGCCAGAAAAAGAUGCUGCCGAUACAACGGCUGUACGAUACUUGUCGGGAAGUUUUUGCGGAAAGCGGAACCAAUAUCAUACCGUCUCCUCAGGAUAUAGAGAGGCUAAGGGCGGUUUUAGAUGGUAUUAGACCUGAAGAUCUUGGUCUGACUCCUGAUAUGCCAUACUUUCGGACAUCUGUGACUCAGCGACACCCAACUAUUACGUACCUGCAUCUCUGUGAAUGUGAUAAAUUUUCGAUGGGAAUCUUUUGUUUGCCACCUUCGGGUGUCAUUUCUCUACACGAUCACCCUGGAAUGACGGUUUUCAGCAAGCUUGUUUUUGGGACCAUGCACAUUAAAUCGUAUGACUGGGCGGUUCAUGACCCAAAUACGUCUGCGGCAAAUUCAUCACACACUGUGCCUCCUGGAGUACGUGUAGCAAAGGUGAAAGUGGAUUCCAACUUCACUGCACCCUGCGACACGUCCAUACUCUACCCAUCAGAAGGAGGCAACAUGCAUUGCUUCACGGCAGUAACGGCAUGCGCGGUUCUUGACGUCCUGGGUCCGCCAUACUCUGACCCCGACGGCCGACACUGCACCUACUACCACGACUACCCAUUCGCCAGAUUCUCAGUUGCCGGGGUUUCGGUGCCGGAAGAGGAGAGAGAUAAGUAUGCAUGGCUUGAGGAGAGGGAAAAACCCGAGGAAUUGGCCGUGGUGGGAGCAAUGUACGGAGGCCCAAUGUUUGUGGAGAAUUGAUGGUCUUUGGAAAGAUUGUCCCCAUUACAUUCUUCACCUGCUUAAUUCUCUGUGAAUGCUUCCGAUUUUAGAUAGCAGUUCAGACUUUGGGUUCUUUUCUAUGAAGUUCUUUCUCUCUUCUUUGGGGCAUAUGAACGAGGCACUUGGUGCUCCUUCUCCUCCUUACUAGCUUCUUUAUGGUUUCCUUUUCUUCUCGUUACACAGCUUAUAUGUACAUAAAAACACAAGCGAACCGAAUGGAGUUGCCUUCUUCCUGCAGAGCAGAGAGGAAGCAUGAAUUUGUCUUGAGAAGAUAAUGUCAAGACUGCAAAUUUGUUCUCUAUGCGUAUACGAUAUCGAAUGCUGGGUUAACUCUCAUGGAUUACAAUCUCUCAACCGUGAAAAUCAAGAGUUCUUCUCUGGGAGGAUUUGCCUCGGAACAACUGGGAGAGCAAAUGUAUUCGCUGAAAGGAUAUAGUAGAACACAUGGAUUUCUUGAAAGAACUUGAAAUCUUAGCAUGUAAUCACUUUGAAGGCGCGCACGUCGUCGCAUCACACUCAUUUUCUUUUCUAUACAGAGAUUUCAACGGGGAUGGCUCUUAUCCCUUUACCAUCCA